AUGUGGGCUCUUUUCCUUCUUAAGAUUCUGUCAGCAGCAGUGCUCGUAACAGCCCAAGGCCCGCCCGCUGUCGGAGGCGGGUGCACCACUAACUCCUUCAACAUCCCCAGCUGGUUCAUCACCGACUUCAAGGAUCUGGUCGACGACGAGAGGAAGGUGGCAUUUGGUAUUCUAAACCGGGCAACGAACUAUACCGCCCAAGCAACAUGCGGCAUCGAUAGGAAAGGGUACAAUCUCUGCUCUGUGUCUGGACAGUCAGCCCCUGGGAACGGCACAAUUGAAAUCAAGGCCUUGGUUGAGGGAACUGUGGCUCAGGUCUCUGUGAACCAAACCUGGAGCUGUAACGAUCGAGGCACUCCAGUCCAAUUCACGGCAUCAGGCCGGGCUCGUAUCUCUCUUUACGAUGUACCGGAACCAGAAGCCAGCUCUACAUUCCCCCCACUGUUGAUUCAAGGGACGCUCCACGCACCAGUCUCCAUCACCCCAGACAGGGCGGCAGGCCCGCAAGGUCAUGACCAAAAAGGUUGUCAAGCAGCGUCAGAGAAGCCAGAAUGGAAUAUUACCCAUAUUUACUAUACGGAUCGGCCAGCGGAUGGCAACGUCGAGACGCCUUCCCGCACCUUCAAUCUUUUGUUUACAAACACGGCCAAUGGGUACGAGGGUGGUUGCGUGCAUGGUUCCCUUGUAGGUCCAGCUGGGGAAACGAGCCUGAUCUGCGCCGGGUCCGAGUUCGGGAAUCUCGGAGGGAGCAGAUAUGCAAUCAGCACCACGGCCAGCUUCGACCCUUCUGAUUUCAAGUUCACAGUCAGACAAACUUGGUUUUGUGAUGACGAGAAUCCAUCAAAGCCACUCCAAUUCACAGCUUCCGCGAGCACAAUCCUCCCGCUCACUUGCACCACGACACCCCUCUCGGCCGGCUCUGCGAUCAACGAGACAGUCUGCGACCGCAAUCCCACUCUCGUCCUCGCAGGAAAUGUAGACAGCGCCACUACCCUCCCGCCCUAUUCUCUGACUGAACCAAUCCCGCGGGACAAUACCUGCACCAUCACCUCGAUCCUCGCCCCAAAAUGGCAGUUCUCGGCCUUCGAGAUUGUCUACACACCAGAGAAGGAAGAGUGGGAGGCAAUCAACUUUGAGAUCAUCCUGGCGACAUACUCGGGGUUUCAGUACCCCAUUCCAGUCACAGUCAGCAGAGCGGCUGGAAGGGAAGGGGGUUGGUUCGAGUGCGUCAUCGGAGCCGACGGGGCGAACGAUCAGCCGCUCUGGCCGUAUGCCUGCUUGGUGCAAUUUAAUCCGGAGACGAAGGAGCUGAAGCUCAAGGCGGAUUGGCAGUGUAGGGAGUUGGAUGGGGAUCAGCCCGUGAACUUCAGCGGUUUGACAACAACAACCAUCAAGAGUGACUUCACCUGCGAGACAUUUCGGGAUAUGGAGGUCUGCGUGACUGAAGACACGGGAUUUGUGUGGACGGCGGACAUUGGGGGUGUUGUCUGGCGCUCCGUGCCGCAGUCUAACCCCUGA